GUUCUUUGUUCGGUUCUUUUUCUGUAGCAUCAUAUAAAACAGGUUGCAAACCGAUCUGCGUUGGCAUUUCCGAUUUCCAGCUAGUGACGAAUGCUUCCCAGAAGUAAUAAAGGAUUAGCUAAACAUCUCAGAAACAAUUGGCUGAUAACGGGGACUUGGAGCGUAGGAACAGCAACAACAUCAUUCAAUACAAUACUUAAGUGUGAUCUCUGCUUGGGUUUUUAAAAAGUGUUCUCAAAACAAAUGUAAAAGUAAGCAGUUGGUUAAAUACUUGCCGGGAAAGACAAACAAUAUUUUUAUAUGGAAGCUUAUGAUUGACCCCCAUCCGGUGGACAUGUUUCUGAUGCCUUGUCUCUAUAAAUUGUCUAUUACUCAUGUGCACUCUCUUUCGCCUUCACCCACUCCGUUUACUCUACACUCAUGUGGCGCUGAGUCAGAGGAAAAGUUUGAGGAGCUUUGAUGGUCCACCACCGACCGACUACCAAGUUUAAUUCCUUUCUUUUUAAUUGCCAAUCGGAGGGCGGCUAAUGAACAGUGUCAAGGGGGCGUGGCUGGGGCCUAGUUGCACUUGAAGAUUACAAAUAUUAAGGUUGGCCGCUCCACCGCUCCGCCGCUCACACGAUGACAUCAUGACGUCAGGCGUCAUUUAUACCGCGAUAGUCACAGACACAGCCAAGUCAAUGCGGUCGCCGCCUUUCAGCGAGCACAACUUGUUGGCGUUGGCUGAAUUGCCUUGCGGAUGCCCUGGACGAAAUCACCACCGGGUAGCAUUGACUUGGACAAGACCCCACCUUUAAUACCCCGAAAAGCACCACCGAAACAAAGCCAAGAUGUCGCACUCAGUGACCAUUACCCGCACCACCACCAGCACCACCAACACCUCCUACAUCGUCCUGAACACGGGCUAUCUGAAGACCUUCCCCGGAAUUCUCAAGCUCUUCCAGCUGAUCAUUGGUGCCGCCAUUGUGGGAAUUCUGGCAUAUAACUAUCAGGAUUACCGCAACUAUUACAGCAGGGGCCAGCAGGAUCUGUUCCAGUAUCUUAUGGCCGUCACCUUUAUGAUAGGAACGUUCUGCUUACUCCUCGCCUGUCUCACGUCGCUGAGUACGGGAGGCAUUAUUGCCAAGACGAUCUAUGAGCUGAUUUAUCACAGCGUGGCCGCCAUCCUGAUCCUGGCCUCGUCCACCUUCCUGCUCAUCCGGCUGCGUGACGUGAAGCACGAUGCCUAUAUGGUGGCCGGAGUUUUGGGAUUGGUCAAUGCGGUGCUGUACUUCAUCAGCGCCUUCUUGGCCCACCGAUCCUACCGCGGCAUUUAAGCGUUAACCAACCAAACCCACCGCCCACUCGGCAACUCCCAGCCCCUCGGCGAGUGUUCAAGGGGAAUCAGCAAUCUCGAAGCAUUUGUUCUUCCCACAUCUAACCAUCGGGCGAACGGAGGAGGCCAUGGCCCAGGCGUAGAUGUACAGAAAGUGGGUGCCAAGCGGCGGAAUCUUUGUUGUACCGUGAAUCGUUUUGUGGCGCUAGUUACACUUACUUUUAUUUUUACUGAUGUAUACAACAUUUUUUUUGUCUCACUUUCUUUUUUACCAAGCAAUUGUCAUGUAUUUCGAAUAAAGAUGUGUGUCUAUAUGUUUUUCUAAAAA